AUGAGACUGGACAUUGCAGUCGUCGCGCUGACGCUAUUCGCGCCUGCCUGGGCUGCAGCCAUCGAUUCCGGUGUCCACGGAUCAAACGUCGCUGUCCUCGCCCCUAAAGCAGAGCGUGACAACUCCAAGCAAGAUGAGAAGCUGUGGAAGCGCAAGGGUGGCGGCGGAGGCGGCGGCGGUCGCGGAGGAGGGUCAUCAGGUGGGUCCCGCUCGGGAGGUGGUAGUCGCACUGGCGGUUCUUCUGGCGGUUCCCGUUCAGGCGGCUCCAGCUCCGGCUCUGGCUCGGGCUCAAGCUCAUCUCAAGGUGGUUCAGGUUCAGGUUCAAGUUCUGGAGGUUCUCGAAGCAGUGGCUCCGGCGGUGGCUCCAGGUACGGGUUCCCUGGACAUUCCCAGUCCGGCUCUUCAGGCAACAGGCAAACUAACGGUGCAUCAAGUACAUCAAGAGGCGGUUCUCGCGACAACGCUGGUGGAGCUACGAGGACGGGUAGCGGACCGGCUCCAGCCUACGGCGGCGGCAAAUACUACGGUGGUGGUGCGACGGUUCCUUAUCGGGCCGGUGCAUCGAGAGGCAGCAUGGUGCCGUUCUUCCUUGUUGGAGGUGCUGCCCUGGCCUUCUGGCCCGGCCUCUGGCUUGCUGGCGCACACAUGUACCCUUACAGCCAUCCUUACCGCUACUACAACCAGACGGCGCGCGAGAACCAGACGAAGGCAGUCCUCUGCGGCUGUGCCGAAGAUUUGCCCUGUGGUUGCGAGGAAAACAACGCUACCGAUUACAUGAACUCGCUCCUCGGCAACGGAAGCUACGAUGGGCUGAACAAGUCCGUCGUCAACAUCGGCUUGGUCAACGGCACAGAGACCAUUCUUAUCAACGGUACUCUGCCCUACGGCACGACUGCCGCCGGCGGUGACGAGGAGGUUGGUUCCGCCGCCUUCAGGAACGCCGUGGAGGCUCUUGGUUUCUGGCCCGUCGCGGCGGUUGUUCUGGCGACGGUGUUCGUUGCCUAA